CGCUUCAAGUAGGAGACGAACAAGUGCGUUGGAGAUGCGGCAGUUGUCAGGGGAAUGGCGUCCCUCGAAAGUAUAGUCAGCUGCGGAUUCACUUCGAGAUGUACAACUAAGGAAGCUGGCAGAUAAAUUCUAAUCAUUACAUGCACUGCUAAAAAAAACUCUUCGCAAGGAUUUUAAAGAGAAUGAAUUUCAAAAUGGUGCGUUGGCGCAACCGCCCGCAGGAUACCAGAAGCUGCGCAGUUGCUAUAAUCACGCGUCUCGAUGUAAACAAGAGAGGGAAUGUUGACAACUGGAAGUGCUGAGUAAGCCAGAGAGUGUCAUGCUACCACAAGCCGGAGAUCGAUAAAAACCUCGUCUGCCAAAAUGAUGGAAGCCCAGGACAUUAUUGAGGAGGAUGACACCGCAGCAUCAGCACCAUCAUCAUCAUCAGCGCCGCCACCGCGAGCUCUGCCCCGUCAGCGCGUUUCUCUGCAGAAGAGCAGCGUGUGUUCUCGCUCCUACUUUAUGGUGGUGAUGGUUUUUUUCCACGUUUAUAUAAUCAAUGUCAUUGCACUUCUGCUCUACGUUCAUUACAAUAACGGAUCUAACGCGAUAACGGCAAACCGGGAUUUUACAAGGAGAGAUAACAGUCAUAAAGUUACCGGAGCAUCUGACCCGCAGCCCCCUGCAGACUCGGGCUUCCCUCGAAAUAUGUAUCUUCCUCGCAUUGAAGGAAUACGGGUGGGCCAUGUCCAGAAAGUGUCACUGGUGCCAGGGAAAGUCCAUGAGAUGAAGACACUCAGUCUAAAGCCCCUUCUGUUUGAGAUCCCUGGGUUUCUGUCAGAGGAGGAGUGUGGUGUAGUUGUGCGUCUGGCUCAGCUGAAGGGUUUGAUGGAGAGUCAGGUUAUGGUCCCUGAAGGUCAAGAGGAACUUAAUCAGCAGCUUAACCUCAGUCCUGAGGAAAUCUUCAAUUUCCUUGACCUCAAUCAAGAUGGCCAGCUGCAACCGCAUGAGAUUUUGACACAUUCUCGAGUGAGAGAUGGAAUCUGGUUAACUUCUGAAAACCUUAAGGAAAUCUAUGAUGGCCUAAAGGUUGAUCAGGAUGGAGAUGGUCUUUUAAAUUUAGAGGAGUUUAGGCAUCUGAAAAGUGAUGCCUUUCAGCGUUUUUUGCUUCAGCGUGGGGUGGAGAGGAGUCAGCUGGUGAGGAACAGCAGACACACCUGGCUCUACCAGGGUCAGGGAGCACAUCAGGUUCUUCAGGACCUCCGCAAAGUCACUCGUUUAACGCGACUACCAUCCUCACUGGUGGAGUUAAGUGAACCUCUACAAGUGGUGCGUUAUGAGCAGGGUGGCCAUUACCACGCUCAUCAUGACAGUGGGCCAGUGUACCCUGAAACAGCUUGCACACACACUCGCCUCGCUGCCAAUACCACCUCCCCAUUCCAGACGUCCUGCAGGUACAUCACAGUUCUGUUUUACCUUAAUAAUGUAGAAGAAGGGGGCGAGACCACCUUUCCAGUGGCAGAUAAUAGGACUUACGAAGAAGCGUCACUGAUACAGAAUGAUGUGGAUCUGUUGGACACCAGGAAACAUUGUGAUAAAGGCAACCUGAGAGUGAAGCCCAUUAAGGGGACGGCAGUUUUCUGGUACAACUAUCUAUCUGAUGGUAGAGGUUGGGUUGGUGAACAGGACGAGUACUCUCUUCAUGGUGGCUGUGUGGUGACACGUGGGACUAAGUGGGUUGCCAAUAAUUGGAUCAAUGUCGAUCCAGACUACCAGCGGCAGGCACGCUACCAACAGUUCGUUUCUCAACAACAAGAGACGCAAGAGCAAGAAGAACUCAUGUCAGAACUGAACUCAGACCAGCACAUAGAAAGACACCAAGACCUAUAAACACAUACAUAUAAAUCCAGGUACAACAAUGCACAUAUUUACACAUUCACUUCUGUGUUACAAUCUAUGUAUAGUCAUUCACUUCCUCCUUCACACACGCAUUCAGGCACAGUUCAUUGCCUCUGCAUCACUCAUACACCCUGAAGCACUGACCUCGUACCAACAAACAAAACAAACAAAAGCACCCCCUCCCCUUUGUACUUUAUGUUUGGUUUGCUCUUCCCUAAAUACAGUUGCACACUAUAGAAAUGUAGCCCUACCAACAUUUCCUCAUAUUCAGAAUUGAAUGAGCUUUACUCAAUCUCAGCGGUCCCAGUGUUGAGGCUGGAACUUUUGUUGGGUUGGAUUCAGGGAUAAACAGCCUGGGAUUUAUGCAAUUGUGAAAGACAAUGCUACUGUUCCUAAUGUAGAUAUUUGAUGGCAUUAUUAUUUAUUUUUUCAUGGGAAUGCAGCCAUAUUCAGCGACUUUGUUUACACACAGAAAGACACUCUACUGUACCUUCCAAAGGCCGUACACACCGCAGCUAAAUGUUAAUGCAUCGAUAGUAAAUAGUGCAUACGAGAUUUGUGGCUCUUUACUCUAUGUGUUUUAACUUGCGAUUUCGGUGACAUGUAGUAAAUAAACUGCUGUCAGUAAGGGCUGCAUGACUAAUCGGAAAAAAAAUCACGAACAUGAUUCAUACAUAAAUGCGAUCUUAUUUUGAAAUGGCGGCAACACAUUCCAUGUCCUGUCUGAAAGGCACAUAAUGUGGACGGUGCACAGAUGAUCAACACCACUAAUCUCUACAAUCAUCUCAAGCGUCACCACAAAAUAGGAGAGGUUCUUGAGUGCAAAAUAUUUUUGUUGAAAAAUUUGAAUCGUGUAUGAAAAUUAUGAUCUUAAUUCCCAUUGAGAAAAAUCGUGAUUCACAUUUUAGCAAGAAUUGUGCAGCCCGACUGUCAGUGUACAAGCAAACUUCACAAUUGCUGGAGGAUGUAGUGUGUACUGGCCAAAGAGUGUGGAAAAAAUGUAUGUUAUUGCUUUCUACUGAAGUGACAUUUACACUGACAUCUAAAUCACAUAACACUUAAGGAAAGUUAUCUGCAGGGACACAGUCAGCAUUGACUAGUUAUGUCAAUGGACUACAGGUUAGUUUAAUUGUAACUAUUAAAAAAUUAUUAAGAUUUUAACCUAUGUAACAUCUAGUCAGCCUCCAUCUCUGCCAGGAUGUUUCUUACACUUAUUUCCUCUCAGAUGUUCCUGAAAAGAAGCAUGUAAAACUUGCACAAUCUUGUAUACUUUGUUUGGAUUUAAUUUAUUUUGUAAUGUUUUUUCUUUGUCAAUUGCAGUGCAUCCAAAGACUUGACUGAAGUUAACUUAUUUUAUUUAUUUGUUGGAUUGUUGUUAAAAUGCACAGAAUCACUUUUUGUCAAAUAAAUUAAACCAACCAAUCAUA